AUGGACAAAUGGGCAGAUGCGAAGCCGCCCGAGGCUCGCUUGGAGAUUCAAAUUGUGCAAGUUAUGCGCGAUUAUGCAGACCCCGCAGACGUUCUCUAUGUCGAUUGGACACAGUUCAAGAGUUACGCCCGAUCCCGGAUGCCGACAUUGUAG